GGGAAAAGACUGUUGAGGGGGGACCCCUACUGCGCAGGCGCAGGGACGCACCUAUAUAACCCCCCCCGCCUUUCCCGCCCACUUGAGUUCUUGGUGGGGGAGGGAAAAGAGAAGCGUUUUCUGAGGUAAACUCUGAGGUCAAAAGUGAAGCGAAGGCCCUCCUCCUCGUCCUGUGAGGAAGGGAAUAUGGGUGUUUUCUGAGGUAAAAACUCAGAUACAGAGAGGGUCUGGAGCGUUUCCUGAAGUAAAAAGUAAAGCGGAGGCCCUCCUCGUCCGCUGUAAGGAAGGGAGUAUGGGCAGGAUUGGCUCCUAGCCUCGUCAGAGAGGGUUUGGAGCCUUUCCUGAGGUAAAAAGUGAAGCGGAGGCGUUCCUGGUCCUCGGCGAGGAAGAUUGCUGGGCGGUCCAGGCCCCUAGCGUCGACGGAGGGGGCCGUCCUUCCUUCCUCCCUCCCUCCCACCUUCUCUGAGGCGGUGGCGGCCGAUGCCCGACGCCCCUGGGCCUCCGCCGCCGCCAUGUCCGGGGUGGUGAGGACCCUCAGCCGGUGCCUCUUGUCUGCCGGAGGCGAGGGCUCCCCGGCGCAGGCUGCCUCCCGCGAAGGCAAGGAGCGGAGCCGGGCGGCGGAGCGAGAGGCCCGGCGCCGGAGCCGCGAGAUCGACGCGCUUUUGGCCCGCGAGCGCCGCUCCGUCCGGCGCCUGGUCAAGAUCCUGCUGCUGGGCGCCGGAGAGAGCGGCAAGUCCACCUUCCUCAAGCAGAUGCGCAUCAUCCACGGCAGGGAGUUCGACCAGAAGGCCCUCCUCGAGUUCAGGGCCACCAUCUACGAGAACAUCCUCAAGGGCUGCAGGGUUCUAGUUGAUGCACGGGACAAACUAGGCAUCCCUUGGCAAUACACCGAGAACGAGAAGCAUGGGAUGUUUCUGAUGGCCUUUGAAAAUAAAGCUGGGAUGCCCAUUGAGCCCUCUCUGUUCCAGCUCUAUGUGCCUGCCUUGACUGGCCUAUGGAAGGAUUCUGGCAUCAAGGAGGCUUUUAGCCGCCGAAGUGAAUAUCAGUUGCUCUGGCUGUCAGUCCUUGUGUGGAGCCUUGGGUCUUUGUGGGUGGAUUCCGUAAUAGUAGUAUUCUCUCUGAUUCCUCCUUUCUCCCCUGGAGCACAUGAACCGGCUUCCUCCCAUCUGUGUCCCUUGGGCGAAUCAGUGAAAUACUUCCUGGAUAAUCUGGACCGGAUCGGCCAAAUGAACUAUUUCCCCAGUAAGCAAGACAUCUUGCUGGCCAGAAAAGCUACCAAGGGGAUUGUGGAGCACGACUUCGUCAUCAAGAAGAUUCCUUUCAAAAUGGUAGAUGUGGGUGGACAGAGGUCUCAGCGCCAGAAGUGGUUUCAGUGCUUUGAUGGCAUAACAUCUAUAUUGUUCAUGGUCUCCUCAAGUGAAUAUGACCAGGUCCUUAUGGAAGACAGGCGCACAAAUAGACUAGUUGAAUCCAUGAACAUCUUUGAGACCAUUGUUAACAACAAGCUCUUUUUUAACGUCUCUAUCAUCCUGUUCCUUAACAAAAUGGACCUUCUUGUGGAAAAGGUGAAGAACGUCAGCAUUAAGAAACAUUUCUCAGACUUCAAAGGCGACCCGCAUCGUCUGGAGGAUGUUCAGCGUUACCUGGUGCAGUGUUUUGACCGGAAGAGGCGGAAUCGCAGUAAGCCCCUCUUCCAUCAUUUCACCACAGCCAUAGACACUGAAAACAUCCGCUUCGUCUUUCAUGCCGUGAAGGAUACGAUCCUUCAGGAGAACCUUAAAGAUAUUAUGUUGCAGUGAAGGAAAACUCACUUCUCGUUUGCAGCCUAGCCUAGCCAUAGGCCCAACUAUUACCUUUCUGGUGCUUGUCUUGGAUUUUUAAAAAGAUCCUUGCUGUUUAUUUGGCUCAAGAAAGCUGCAAAAUAGCCACACCAGACAGAAGAGCAACAGGCAGAAGGGCUACGAAAGCUCAAACUAGCUACUGAAUCGCUUAAGUAAAACACUACUGAAAAAGUGGCUGUUGUCAGCGCAGUGCCUUUUUCUGAAUAACGUUACUGUAUUCUGCCUUCCGAAAAGAGAACCCUAGCUUUCGAGAGAAUCAUGUAAAGAAGUUUUGUGUUUUUAAUUAAUGUUGUUAUUUAAUGGUGCCAAAAUCUGCUGCCAUAAAGCCUGUCGCCCUAGUUAGGGUUUUUUUCUGGUGAAAUAAGAAACCCAAUAAUGUGUUCAGUUUCCUAACUGAUAACUUCUGUUUUGAGAAUACAUUGCAAUAUAUCCUUGUGAUCCUGAGAGCGAUACUCAGGUUUGGUGCAUACAAAAUCCCUUGCCAGUACAGUGUUUGGAUUCUUUCUUCAGCUUCAGAACUGCAAUCUGAACUUCCCUGGUUGUACAAAAAGAACAGAAAUCCAAGGUUUGGGUUGGUGCAACACAAGGCUUUACUUUGCACUACAUGUACAGCAUUCAUCGAAAUUCACCUUCUACAGUAAAGUACAACGUGAGUCUAAAAAGCACACUCCUGAUGUUCUACCAAGACAUUUCCAGUCCUCAAACCUGGAGUUGGAACUGUAUAGAAAUUCCUUCUCAGCUUGGCGUAGAUGUUUUCUGUCUCUGAUACGCAAGUUGAUGCUACUCUUUAGCCGAGUUUUGUUAAGCAACGAUUGCCCCUAACACUAAGCCAAAACGCUUUAGAGAAUCCCAUCUUACAGCUCCACUCACUUUGGACAGAAAAACCUUACUUUUGAUUGUUAAUUCUUGGUGCCAGGAUUUAUUAGCCUAUAAAAUAUACAUUGAAAAUAUUGUAAACGGUCAACUCCUAACUUGCCUUACCAUGGAUUUAUGUGAAGGUUUGCAGGAGGCUGUGAAUAAUGAUGUGGGUUGUUUUGCGUUGUUUUUUUAUUUUGAAAUGUCGAAUUUAACUCUGGGUGCCUUUUCUGUGUGUACAAAUCUUUCACACUUUUCCUGCUAUGAGGUAUGUAUUAACCGAAACAGUGGCCUACCUUUUCAGUGCUAUAGUCUUUAUUCAGGGAUACUAUUAAACAUAAGAAAGUUUACUGUGACAUUGGUACACUACUUGUCGUAAUAAAACAUAAAGGGCUUAGUCUUUAUUGUAGGACACUACCAGAAUGCUUUAGUAUCUGCCCUUUGGGGACAAUCAUGUCUUUACUAAGAAGCAACACUCCAGGCAUAAAUGCUAGAGAUAACAGCAGUCUAUAUGUGUCUUGAGUCUUUAGCUUUUUACAACCCCUAGAAUGUUUUUCUCUGCGUGGAUUACUUACAUGUAUAUAUGCAUGCUUCUCUCUCUGUGUAGCAUAUUUUGUAAACCAGAAAUCAGCACAACUUUGGUUUUGGCAACAAGGAAGAAAUUUGUCUGUAACCUAUGGGAAACUGCCAUUGUAAUCGUGCAACAUCCAGCGAGCGAUUUCAGACUUUUCAGCCUUUCAAGGUUGCAGUACGUUUGAGAACUUAACCUAGCGACACACUUAAUUUUUCCAGGACCAAUGACUUUACCAUUUCCACCUCUGUCUCUAGACAAGAACGUAAUGUUGCCACUUUGCCAUGUAUAUGCUAAUGUGUUAAAACAAUUUUGCAGUUUAAAAUACCUAUUAAAGGAUGAAGAGGAAUCUAA